GAGAGCUUGAAGAGAGAGAUGCGACGGUGAGAAGAGCUCCGAGCACGGCGACGGCGAGAAGAGGGCCGAUCUGAAGAGUGGAUGGUGGCUGGGUGUUGCUGUGGAAAAAGGAUUAGGGUUGGGUUCAAGAUCUGAGAGUGGAAUGCGUUCUCUGGAGACUCGUGUGCAAGGCCUUGAGUUUGCGUUGGAUGAGAUCUCUUAUGAUUUGGCCGUAUCAAGUGGAAGAAUGUCUAAACCUGGUGCUCCUAGGUAUGCAUGUUGCUUGCUACCAGGUUCUGAAAUUUUAAGCGCUAAGUUCUGGAAGAGAACACAGAGCCGGUAUUCAUCCUCCCAAUUAUCUAGAUCUGACGGCACCCAAUUGCUUGCUGUAGUCCUCCACCAAGAUGACAUGAAUGCUGAAACUGAGUUGAGAAGCCAUAGACUCAGGCUUCAUAGCGAUGGAGGAAGCUUCAUAACCAAUCCUCUAGCAGAGAUUAAUACUAAUUUCAAGAAGAUAUAUGGUUUUGCAAGAGCAGAGCCAAAUUAACAAAAUAGAGGGAGGAUGGUGGCUGUGGCUUCCAAGGGGGUUUGGGGCUGGAUUCUUCUCCAGAGAUCAAAUUUCAGAGAGGAAGAGAGGGGUGGGAUGAGGGUAAGAGAUAGCGGCUAGGGUUUCAAUCUUCAGGGUGUUUUUGUCAUAUAUAUGACACUAGAAACGACGCCGUUUUGAGUGUAGCCAUGAACCGGAAAUCCCUUAAAAAACCUGGCCGGUUCUGGCGG